AUGCCACCGAAGUUACGAAGUGACGGUGUAGGUACUACAAGCACCACCGAUGAUGCGAAUUCGAAGGCGGGCGAUGACAACGACUCAGAAACUUCAAAUGCGACGGCCGGGCAGUAUGUCCAGCAACUUCUGGAAUUUAUAAAGGAGCAAGAGGCGGAACGUAACCGCAUGAUGAGGGAAUUAAUGGACACCAAAGCCAAGACGAACGAAAGUCCCAUUCCACGCACUUUACUACCGGACCGUUCGAAAGAGGUACAAGUUUUCAAUGGGGAAGGAGACGAGCGCCAUGCAGAAGAGUGGCUGGAUACCUUCAACGAACUCUCACUUCACUGCAAGUGGAACGACGACGCCAAGCUGACGCUGGUUCAAGCCAAGCUUGUGGGACCUGCCUCGCAGUGGUACCGCACCAAGGUGAAGGACUGUCCAACAUGGGAACUUUUUGAGUUGAACUUUAGAAAAAUGUUCGCGCCGACGAGCGACCCAGUGAACAAGUUCGAUGAGAUGAGACGUCGCGUUCAGGGUAAGGACGAGUCUAUUUUGGCAUAUUUCAUGGAUAAAAUGCAUUUGUGUAAACGUUGCGGAUUGUCAGAUAUUCAGAGCAAAGAACAGAUCUUGUUAGGUGUGAUUGAUAGGACAACUUAUCAGAUGUUAAUGCCAAAGCAGUAUGCAUGUCUCGAGGAUUUGUUGCGUGAUUUACGACGCAGUGACGGGCUUGAGAGAGAACGCCGAGAUCAUUUUGGGGGAUCAAAGCAAGCAUCAACAUCAGACUCUAAGACAGCAAAAGCUACUACUAGCCAGCAGAAGCCUGCUCAUCAAAAGGGAGGAAUGUGGGCUCCUGCAAGAGACAAACAGGGACGUGUCAAAUGUUUUAACUGUAAUGAAUACGCGAAUCAUCUAGCAGCAGACUGUCCCAAGGAGAAAAGAACAAAAUUCUGCACAAAAUGCAUGCAAUCGGGCCAUGGCAAGCGAGACUGCAAGUCUAAGCCUCAAGAUGCGCACCCGAGGCGUCAGGACACGUUGUGUGUAGGAGAUAUUGGCAAAUAUACGAAGAAUGUUCGCAUAAACGGAAGCGUAGACGCUACAUCUUUCAUAGAUCAAGGCAGCGCUGUGACCAUAAUGACGGCGUCAACAGCAGUAAGAUCGGGCUGUGUGGUUCAUCCCGCCACUGAGGACGAUGCACUAUACGGAUUGGGCCAGAAGAAGACAGUGCCAUUAGGCAAGACACGAGCGACACUCGAAAUCGAUGGCAUAAGUGCCGAUGUCGAGAUUUACGUGGUCUCCGAUGACGUAAUUUGUCACGAUGUAUUGGUUGGGCGUACAUUCCUGGACCUGGAUAACGUUGUUAUGAUAAAAGCCAAAGAUCAGAUGCGGCUCAUUGAUAGCUCAAAAGAAGGACCGUUUAAGAACUUCACCCUAGAUGACGGCGAGUUUAAAUGCACGCUUAGAAGCACUGAAACGGUAACGGUACCUCCCAAGACUGUACAGUUCGUUAACGUUCAGUCUGGCGACACUGACGAAACCAACUUAAUUAUGUUCCCGCACUACGGCGACGGACUGAGUUGCUUGCUCGAAGUACGCAAAGGACACACCAUGGUUCCUGUAAUCAACGACUCUCACGAACCCCUGAUUAUUAAGAAAGACUUUUCCUUUGGACGAGCAGAACCAGUUGAAAUAUGUGCUCAAGGGGAGACUAUACCGACGGAUGAUGAUAGGCUAAUGCAACAGUCGACCCCUAAGGAGAGCACUUGCGAUGUGCUAUCGGUAGGCAACGUAAACGCAGCACAGCCAAUAACCCAAGAGAAUGUUAAGGUGGGAUCUAACGUUACGCAGUCACAGAAACAAGAACUCGUGAAUAUGCUGAAUGAAUACAGAAGAUGUUUCGCCAUGAAUCUAAAUGAACUAGGAAAGACUGACGUCACGUCUAUGACCAUUGAAGAGGUCGAGGGUUCGAAACCACCUUACAGCCGACCAUAUCGUGCCACCCACGACGAAAGAGAACAGUUGCGCCGCAUAGUGGACGAGUUAAAAGCAGCGGGGAUUGUUAGAGAUUCCACCUCUCCCUACGCGAGUCCCUGCCUUCUGGUGAAAAAGAAAAACGGCGAAUUCAGGAAAGUGGUGGACUACAGGCGGCUGAACCAACAGACGACGAAGGAUAGGUUUCCAUUACCAAUAAUCGACGACCAGUUGGACCGACUAAGUGGCAGCGAGUAUUUCACGACACUCGAUUUGGCAAGCGGCUACAUGCAAGUGCCCAUAGAGGAGGAGUCCGUCCCUAAAACGGCAUUCAUUACGCCAGAUGGGCACUAUGAGUACCUCUAUAUGAGCUUCGGUCUGUGUAAUGCACCAAGCGUAUUCCAGAGGCUAAUUAACAAGGCACUAGGACCUCUAAGAUUUCAAACCGCUGUGUGUUACCUCGACGACAUACUCGUUCCGAGCAAAACAUGUGAAGAGGGAAUGUCAGCACUUAGAAGAGUUCUGGAAGCUCUGAAAAAGGCAAACUUGACGUUAAAGCUGCAGAAAUGUGACUUUUUAAUGGAGGAGGUCAGCUUCUUAGGAUUUCGAAUAACGAAGAAUGGCAUACAACCAGGAGAAAUAAAACUAGAAGCUAUACGCCAGUAUCCACGGCCGAAAAAUGUCCACGAAGUACGACGGUUCCUUGGACUAAUCAGCUACUUUCGAAGAUUCAUCCCUCAACACGCUCUCAAAGCGGCACCCCUCACAGAGCUCACAAAGAAAAAUGCGCCCUUCAUUUGGGGAGAAAGACAAGAGAAGGCAUUUGAAACGCUCAAGGAAGAACUGACGAGUGCACCAAUACUUGCUCUAUAUGACCGCAACGCGGAAACUGAGCUACACACCGAUGCUUGUAGAGAUGGACUAGCAGCUAUACUGCUGCAACCAGGGAGCGACGGGCGUUGGAAUUGA